UUCAAAUGCGCCAACUGUGUCAUCACAUGAUUUUUUUAUGUUGCGUCAGUUGUGUAGUGUAGCAAACUCUCGCAGCUAUUAUCUCAACGAUACAGGGAAUAUUACAUAACAUUGGAGAAUAAGUGAACACGUAUAGCAAUUUAUUUAAAUCGUUAGGCCUCGACCUUGAACACUUUUUAAAAGCGAAGUAGCUUUAAACGUUAGAUAGCUAACGUUAAGCACUUUUCCUUUUCAUGACUAACUUCUGCUUGUUGCAACAGUCAGUCAGAAUGGGCCAUUUUCUAUCUCUCACCACCUUACUGUACCUGCUUGUUACGAGCUGCUCGGGCUCCCCUCCCUCGAAUUUCAUCCUCCUGUUCGCGGACGACCUGGGGUUCGGCGACCUAGGAUGCUACGGUCAUCCAACCUCGCUCACGCCCAACCUGGACCGAUUGGCGGCCGACGGACUGAGAUUCACUGACUUCUACUGCACCAGUCCCGUCUGCAGCCCCUCCAGGGCGUCUUUGCUGACAGGGCGCUACCAGACCCGGUCAGGGGUGUACCCGGGGGUGUUCUACCCUGGUUCCCGCGGGGGUCUACCGCUGAACGAGACCACCAUAGCGGAGAUGCUAAAGCCCCUGGGGUACGCCACGGCAGCCAUGGGGAAAUGGCACCUGGGCGUGGGGGAGAACGGGAUGUACCUGCCCACCCAACAGGGCUUUGACCACUACCUGGGGGUCCCCUACUCCCAUGACAUGGGACCCUGUCAGAAUCUGACAUGUUUCCCUCCAGAUGUUAAAUGCUUCGGAAACUGUGACGUCGGCGUGGUAACCAUCCCACUAAUGCACAAUGAUGUCAUAAAGCAGCAGCCUGUGGACUUCCUGGAUCUGGAGAGGGCUUACAGUGACUUUGCCACAGACUUCAUCACCCAGUCUACCAGGAAGAAACAACCCUUCUUCCUCUACUACCCCUCUCAUCACACCCACUACCCCCAGUAUGCAGGCCCGGCAACGGCAGGGCGGUCUCGAAGGGGUCCAUUUGGUGACGCUCUGCUGGAAUUUGACUCUACAGUAGGGAAUCUGCUCUCAGCUCUGGAACAUACUGGAGUCCUCAACAACACUCUCAUACUGUUCACUGCUGAUAAUGGGCCUGAGUUGAUGCGUAUGUCUCGGGGGGGUAAUGCUGGUCCUCUGAAGUGUGGUAAGGGCACCACCUAUGAAGGGGGCAUGAGAGAACCUGCCAUCGCCUACUGGCCUGGGACCAUCACACCAGGGGUCACCCAUGAGCUGGCCAGCACCCUGGACAUCAUGCCCACCAUCGCAGGGCUGGCGGGGGCCAAACUUCCAAUGGUGCAGCUGGACGGAGUGGACAUGACGGACAUCUUGGUCAACCACGGACCGAGUAAGAGAGAGGCCAUGAUGUUCUACCCUACAGACCCCAGUGAGAAGUACGGUCUGUUCGCUCUCAGGCUGGGCAAAUACAAGGCUCACUUCUACACACGCGGUGCAGGCCACAGUGAGACCACCCCAGACCAGGACUGUCACAUAAUCUCCUUCCUGAAGCCCCAUGAUCCUCCCCUGCUGUUUGACUUGGAGUCUGACCCCAGUGAGAACUAUCCCUUGUCUCCACUGGGACGCCCCGACCUGCAGGCCCUGCUGCAGAGGAUAGGCGUGGUCAAGAAACAGUUUGAAGCCUCCAUGGUGUUUGGGGAGAGCCAGAUCGGGAAAGGUAGCGACCCUGAUCUUGAGCCCUGCUGCACCCCGCACUGCACCCCCAAACCUUCCUGCUGCCAGUGUGGCUGAUGCACCCUCAAACCUACAGUACUGCUUGUACUAUACCUUAAGUAAGACUAGUUCUAGUACCUCUAUUACUGUGGAUGAGGUACCCCCAAACUUAACCUCAAAGUGUGGAAAGACAGUUCUUUAAGCCAUAUCAGACUGUGGAAGCAGCACCUUUUCAAACAUUAGAAAUGGUACAUCCAGCAUGGCCAUUGUUCCACAUGAGUGUCUGAUCUACUAAUUCUAAUUCUAUGGAUGCGGGCACCCUCAUGUGGAGCCUGCAUCCCAGUGACAACACCACCCAAAGACUGCGCCCGGUUUCCCAAAAGCACUAUGCCUCAAUGACGCACUUAGCAACUGUGUGGUGUUUUAUCUUCAGCCGUUGUAGAAAAGAUGCAUUGUUAAAACACUGGUAAGCCUAAGUUCCAUCGCUAUCGGGGAAACCGGGCUAGUUUUUACAAAAGACGGUGUGUGUUAUUUUUAAAUACAGGAUUAUAUUAAUACAUUCUCUUUCACAUCUCACACCCAGAAGAGGAGUGGUAGUUAAGUUCAAACAUGUCUUUACGAACUAGACAGACCUUCAUGUAAACAAAUUGUACAGAUGACAAUUUCAUAUAGCCUAGUCUAUAAUCAGGUUGUUGGUCUGAGAUACAUGAUUGUAGCUUGGACCUAAAUCAUGCAUUAAUGUUGACAUCUGAAGUUAGGAUUUUACUCUAUAAAUGAACAGAUUCAUGAAACUGUUAUUGUGACACAAGCACAAGAAAGAGACCGUCAGACUCAUUUGAACAUCAAGCAUAUAUUUUAUUCAUAAGACCAAACCCAUGACAAGGCAGAGUGUAUUUAUUUAUUUUUUUACUUUUAGAUUUGUACAAGUCCUCAUUUUUUAAAGAUAACUUUAUUUGUCACAUUACCGAUGGUCUAGUUAUACAGUGAAGAAUCUAGUUUGUUUAUGUAUUGAAGUCCAAAGUUUUGAUGAACUGUUAACUGGAUGUUUGAGCUGCUAUACAGGAAUAGGGAAUCCUUGGUGUACUGUAUCUAUCAGGGAAGAUAGAAGGGCUUCAACUAAGCUCUUACAGGACAGAAAAACAAAACAAACUGGUACAGGUAAGAGAUGGAGUAUGUCUGGAGCUCAAAGCCAUGGGCUAUAUUGGCAAGAUGCGAUAGGUUCCUGUAUAAAAGCAGGCUCUCUGAAAGCUGUUUUUAAUUGGUUCAGCUCUACUUCUCUGCUCUAUCAACAGAUUGGCCAGCAAUUGGGUGGGUGUUGGAUCUCAAAGGUGACACAUGUGUCUCCUAAUGAUGAUGUCACAUGUGUGCCUAAAGGGGUGUUGCUAAAGCCUGUCUGUGGGGUGAAUGUUUGAGUUAGCAAGAACCCAAAAUGUCACCUUAGUGGUUGACGUAGCACACUCAACUAAAACUGGUCAUUUAAUUUGGUUUUCAUGUUUGUCAUCUUUUUUGAAUUUCUCUUAUUUUAAAUAUUUAAUUUCAAUAACAUACAUAACGUAAAGGACACAGCACAAUCUUUUCCACUCUUUAUAGUAUUUACAGGAUCUAACUGACAGCGAUACACACUCCCCACUGUCACUAAUGAUAAACUGGUCACCAUGGAGGUCCCAUGACUCCACUCAUCACCAGCAGAUCAAUGAUGCUCUUGACUACAUUAUCCUUUUUUUGCUGUUUAAUAUUUGUUGAAGAAUAAAAGCAGUAGAUGUGUAUCUGGGUCUAGAAGGGAGCCCCUCGUCUACGCUACUGUACUCAACCUGAUAUUGGGGAUUGCAGUAGGAUGCCUGUUAUUUCAAUUCAUUCUGUGUUUUAUACUCCCAUCUGUUUGAUGUUGCACUGUAGUCUACAGUAUGCUAAUUGAACUGGAAAAAGACAACUAAAACGUAUAAUGUCCUACUAUAAGUAAGCAAACCAUGUACUGUAUAUUGGCUUACCUAUGACCAGAGGAAAAUCAAGGAGUACAUUUGGAAGGGUCAUUUCUUAAGCAGAAUAUGAGCCAUUAGACAUUGUAAAAUCAACUAGAAAAAAAUAAAGUUCAACUUAAACUCUA